AAAUACCUGCAUCUGAAACUGACUUUACUUUCCAGAGGUUACGGUGAAGAGGAGGUCUGAUCUGAAAGAAAAUGAUGAGGUUGCAGUUUCUGGCCUUACAUGUUUCCUUUUCUGAUAGAACCAACUUAGCCACCGUUGGAUCUCUCUUUUCCGAAACAUUUUGGUUCUAAUCGAACGGCUCAAAAUCAUUUAAAUGAAAAACAAAGGGAACUUGACAAAAAUAAGCUAUGUUAGGGCAUAUCCCACACCGAAAAAGGGAAAGCUGCUGAACAGGAAACCAAAAAGAAAAAACAAAAAAAAGAAGAGUUUUUCAUAGCUUCACAAAACUAACUCCUCAAGCUGAACAAAGAAGCAGAUGAAACCGACGCCUGGCGGCAGUAGCAGCUCUAGUGGCGGUGGCGCUGAAGGGAGUCGAGCUGGACUCGCCCGUUUCCGCUCAGCGCCAGCCACCUGGUUAGAAGCCCUUCUCGAGGAAGAAGAAGAGGACCCUUUGAAGCCUAGCCAGUGCUUGACUCAGCUACUAACUGGAAAUUCAUCCUCAACACCCACCAUUCGAAAUUCAUUGCUUUUUCCCAACUCAGCCGAUCCAUCUGGGUUGUUUGAGCCUUCUGGUUUCCAGAGGCAAAACAGUUCUCCAGCUGAUUUUCUUGGGAAUAAUCCUGCUGCUGCCUCUGAUGCCUACUUCUCUAACUUUGGGGUUGCUGCAAAUUAUGACUAUUUAUCGCCAACUAUGGAUGUUUCUCCCUCGAGUAAGAGGGCUAGCGAGCUUGAUACGCAAUUCCCACCAACAAAGUUCCAUUCUCAGUUGAAAGGAGAGCCAAGUGAUCAGAUUUCUGGUGGGAUAUCUAAUCUUAUAGAUGUAGAUAUGGAGAAACUUUUGGAGGAUUCAGUACCUUGCAGGGUCCGUGCGAAGCGAGGGUGUGCUACUCAUCCUCGAAGUAUUGCAGAAAGGGUUCGGAGAACACGGAUUAGCGAUCGCAUUAGAAAGCUUCAGGAGCUUGUCCCCAACAUGGAUAAGCAAACCAACACGGCGGACAUGCUGGAAGAAGCGGUGGAGUAUGUUAAAUAUCUUCAAAGGCAGAUUCAGGAACUCACAGAGCAUCAAAAGAGAUGCAAAUGCAAAGCUAAAGAUUGAUCGACUACCAAGAGCUUUUAGUGUAAACCGUCUCGCCUACAGUGAUAAAGUUGGGUGGUAGAUCCACACUGUAAUUACUAGAUUUACCACCUACGAUGUUGCAUUCUUCAGCAUGCAAUACCUAGAUGUGGCUGCUUCUGAAGCUAACUAUAGGCCUCAUAUCUGGACCUCUGCUUUGCUUUGCCUAGUACUGCUCCUGGAAGAUCAAUUGGUAUAGUUGUACUUGUACAAUAUUGACGUAGACUAUAAAUAUUUUUUUAUUAACUAUAUAGCUAUAAUAUAUAUAUAUAUAUACACACCAUUUUUAAUUAAGAUAUUUGUUUCUCCAUAAUUCAUAUUGUAUAUCUAGAUAAUUGUUAUUCAAUGAAAUUCUCUAUUUACAUUUUAAGAA